AGAAUUUGAGUUUUUUAGUAGAAAUUAAUUUUCCAAUCGAUUGUUUGAUUAACCAGUUUAAUUACCUUUAAUUUAUUUUGAUUAUUUUGUAAGAUGUCUAAUAUUUGGGGUUCAGUUGAUCACCUGGCUGAGGAGAAAUUAAAAUUCGAUAAUCAUUUCGAACCAAGUGAAUCAUUUGAACCAAUGAAUGACAGAGAUGAAUAUCUGAAUAAAUUGGAGUCUAGAUUGAAAAAGAUUAAAGGAAGUGAUCGUGAACCUUCAACCAAAGAGAUUCUGAAAUGUUUAAAUUCUGCCAAGGAAGAUUUUCUAUCCAAUUUCCAUUCAAAUGAAUGUAGUACAUUGGAUAAUCAAGAAUUGGAUAAUCCUGUUGAUUCACAUGGUCUUAAUCCGAGUAAAUUGUUAAAUGAUUUAGAAAGGUGUGUCUUCCCUCAUCGAUCAUCAAACAAUCCAGAAGAAUUGGAGAAACUGUUGAAAUGUGAUAUUUUGUCAAUUCUCACCGAGAGAUCAGCAAACAUGGACAAAAGUGACAAUUAAAUCAAUUGUCUCCUAUAAUGGAAAUUACAUUCUAAUAAUAAUAAUUAGUGUUUAAUUAUUAUUCCUUUCAAAUCUCUUCUUCCGAUAACAAGAUAGUGAAAGUCAACAAUUAUUCAACAAUUGAUUGACAAUUAACUCUUAUCGAUAAUACGUUAAUAUAUUUUCUCAUUACUUCAAGUUAUACUCAUAGAAUAUUUAAAUUGUUGACAAUUAACUCAUGCCAAGUCAAACAUUUUCUUAAUUUUCAAGGUCCAAUAUCUUAACAAUUAAGAGUCAAUUCCCCAGCAAUUUAAUUGUAAUGCAAAUCAUGAGCAAAUUGUUCAGAAAAAAAGAGAGAAAGUCAAUAUAAUUAAAAUUGUUUUUAUUAAAUUGUUUUACACAACAA